AUGAAGAUCACCGCUGCCUCCGUGUCUGUUCUGCUUGCUGCGAUCACUCCGGCGGUUGUUGGACAAUGGCUUCCGACAGGGACUCUCGCAGUUAUAACAUUCGCCACCCCUAAUCUCGUUCGGGUUGAUGUUCCAGGUUUAGAGACUUGCGAGCCCAGUCCAUUCGAAAAGCCCUUUGAUGCCGCCAUCAUUGGCAUUAACAACAAAGUCCCCCACGUCAAAUGUACCUUUUAUGCCGAAGAAGAGUGUGGUGGUCCACAAUACACCCUGAAGGAGGGUGUCCACGAGCUUAGACGUCCAUUGGUGGUUGGUAGCUUCAAGUGUGCUGCUACCGCGGAAUAA